UAUAAGACUUUUGCUCAGCUAGGUUAUCGUAACUAUGAAAACAACGUCCGUCACAUACGUUUCAAACUAAAAGCAAACAGUCGGUGCGCGCAUGAUCAUAGAAAUACACAAUAUAUCCGCCGUUUUCGUUACAAAAAAAUUAAUAAUUUUUCACUAAACAAUAGACAAAUUUUUAAAGUGUAUGUACAAUAAAACGAGGAAAAUUUUUAAUUUUGAUGCUUAAACUACAAGUGUGAUAAUGUCUUUAAAUAUUUAUUUAAAAUAUUAAAAGGAAUUUUUGUUUGUGUCGCUCGCUCUCAUCUAUUGGAUUGUGUGCAAAUUUAAUGGAAUAGUUUGUUGAAGUGUACAUUGUUUAUUUGAAUACAAAAAGAAGAGUUUUAGCAAAAUGAUUUUAAGAAAUUAUCUAAGCAGACGCUCCUUUUAUUGUUGCAAUUUAAUCGUUUUUAUUGUUGUCAUUCAAUAUUUGCAACAAUUUACAAAUGCCGUUAAGUUAUCGGGCAAAUAUUAUCCAUCGGGUGUGAAUUUUUUUGAACAUGAAUUUCCGAGUUUAGCAGCAGAAUACGAUCCUUAUGGACCCAAUCUUAACGAAGAUGACAUUAAUGGCUUAGAUGAUCCAGAGACUAUGCCUCGAUUAUUUCAAGGUGAUAUUGCCAUCGAUCCUUUUACCUAUAUAACUUUACGUUUAGGUGUUAAUCCCACUCGACAUCCAAAACGAUUAUGGCCAAAUGGUACCAUCCCCUAUGAGAUCGGUCACGAAUAUGAAGACCAUGAAAGAAAAACUAUAGAACGUGUACUACAAACUUUCAAUGCACUGACUUGCAUAAACUUUGUACCCUACGAUGGUGAGGAAGAUGAUUAUAUACUUAUUUCAGCUCCCGAAGAUGGUCCCAGCGGCUGUUGGUCUUAUGUGGGUCGUAAGGGUGGAGAACAGAUUGUGUCUUUGCAGCGACCAGACGAUACGAGCGCUCAUUGUUUUAGCAGUGAAGGACGCAUUAUGCAUGAACUAAUGCAUGCUAUUGGCAUAUAUCACGAACAAUCACGUGCCGAUCGUGAUAACUAUGUUAAAAUACAUUGGGAUAAUAUAGUACCAAAAUUUCGUAAGAAUUUCAAACUAAUUACGAAAAAACGAGCAAAAUAUGCCUUCGACUAUGAUUACAAUUCGGUUAUGCACUAUGGUGAAUAUUAUUUUAGUAAGAAGAAGGGUAAAAAACCGACCAUGACACCAUUACAGCCGGGUGUACGUAUUGGACAACGUAAAACGCUGAGCAAAAUCGAUUGUUUGAAAAUUAACGACUUAUAUGGUUGUCUAAAAGGUCGACGCGCUAAAAUGUAUCGCAGUUUUUGUUAUUUAUUAGGUUUAUAAUUUAUUUAAUUUAUGUAUAUGCGAUCAAUUUGUUUUUCCGUUAAGUCUAAUGUUAAUAAAUCAUAUUGAUUUUAUUGUUAUUACUUUUAGAAUAAAAUUAUUAUUAAUUAAUAUCUAGUUAACCAAAUUAUUGUACAAUUUUUAUAUUAUUUAUAAUUUAUUUAAAUAUACAAAAAUAUGA